AUGGCUAGGGAACCUUAUGAGCCCUUGUGGAUUAAAGGAGGUGGGCACUGCAACUUGGAGCUCUACCCAGAUUACAUCCGCCAUCUUUGCAGGUUUAUCCAAGAAAUGGAGAACAUGACCACUGCAGCUACCCAAAUGCCUAGAAUGCUCAAAAUCUGGCUGCUUGAAAUGUUCCUGGCGGCCAAAAUGCCCAGAAUGCCAACCCAAAUGCCUGAUGUUCAUGCUGUUGCAAGAAAAGUUCAUGCAGGUCCACAAAAUGUUCUUCCUGUUCCCCUGAAUGUUCGUGUUCGUGCACAAAUUGUUCAUGCCCGUGCACCAAAUGUUCAUGUUGGUGAUAGGUUAUGGUGGGUGGGUAUACAUAGCGAUUUCGACAAAAAGCAGGAAAAGUAG